AUGGCCCAUAAAGAAGGUAAUUCAGAUUUAUCCAAAGAAUCCAAGCAUCCCUCUGAAUUUCAGAUUCAUGUUCAACAUUUAACAGAGGGAAAAUCUGGACUUUGUUGUCAACUGCUAUCUGGAAGCAACUACAAAGAAAUCAAAGAACUGUUUGCACUAGCUUGGCCAACAGUGUUCUCUUACUUCUUCUAUCACAUGGUUAACAUGAUCAGCUUGUUUUUCGCCGGACGUGUUGGUGAAGUCGAAUUAGCUGCAGCAACUUUAGGUUUGUCUUUUAUCGGUGUGACAGGACCUUCACUUUUUAUUGGUUUAAGUUCUGCAGUGGAGACACUUUGUUCUCAAGCAUUUGGAGCAAAGAAUUAUCACCUUGUUGGUGUUGUGCUGCAAAGAGGAGUUUGGAUUUUAGGAUUAACUUGUAUCUUAGCCUGGUCACUAUGGGUUAAUACUGAGUUGCUUUUGUUGCUGGUUCAACAAGAAGAGACUGUUGCAAGGUUAGUUUGUACUCAGGUAAUACGUACCUUCUUAUGUGAUGGAGUCCCUGUUUAAGUAAUGAUCCAGGUAAGAAGGGAAGCAAUUUGUUUUGUUGUGGCGCAAUACACUUUCCUCACAUGGAAAUGUUUUCAUUUUUACACAGAGAAUGCAUAAAUCUACAAAAAGGCAGUUUACGAAAGAAAAUUUAUUUAAACUCCACUUUUAAAGGGUGUAUUUUUGUGUUAAAACAUUUUGACCAAUCACAAGAGUUGCAAUCAAUGGCCAAGAAAUGUUCACAAUUUUACAUGAUUCGCACAAACGAUUUCUGUGUCACUUAGACUCAGAUGAGAUUUUGUUAUAAGGAAGUUGGAUAGAAAAAAAGGGAUUAAUAUACAUGCUGCUUUGUGAAGAUUUCGUAAAAUUUGAUGUUUAAACCAAUCAGAACCUUAGUAGACACAAUAGUAAAGUUAGCACCUUUUUGCAUUCCGACGUGUUCACUGCGUUUUGGUCCUUUCCUUCUUAUCUGGACCAUUGCUUAAUUAACAGAUGAAGAAAUCUUGACUGUGCUCUGUAUUCUGUUGUAACACACAGAGGAAGUGACUAGAACAUGAAAGUAGUUUAGGGGUAGACACAAGACAUUAUUUGAGUAUUUCUCCCUACUUCUUGAGUGCUCUAGCCACAUCCAGUGAGUGUUUACAACAGAAUAGAUAGCUUGCAAGCAAGGUCUCCUGGGGUUCCCUGGGGUAAAGGUUAAAAGGGAAAGGACAGGUUGCACUCACAUCUCAUAAAUUUGAAUAUCGGCAUCUGAAAAUGAGAUGUAAAAUGCUGAUUGGCUGAUAUUUAACCAGGUGAUGAUGUAAUGUUCCCUUGGGAGAGCUUGGUUGCAAGCUAAUAGGCUUAAUUAAGACACCUUCAUUAAAUCGAAACCUUCAAAAACCUUUUAUCGCUCUAAAGAGAAGAUCUCUUUUAAAGAUUUAACGCUUUUAGAGCUGGGUUAUUUGCUAGUUGCUUUAGCUUCUUUGUGGUGGACAGAAAGGGACUCAUGGUAGAGUUUAUAUUGUGCUGGAGGGAAAGUAAAUUUAUAUAUGAUUUUAACAUCUUUUACAACAGACAAAUUCAGUUUAGGGACAAAAUUUAUUUAGUUGUUCUGGGCAUCUUCAUUUCAAAACACUUUCAGAAGAACAAUAUCCUGAAUUAAAGGCUACAAAGCUUACAAAAUAAAAUCUUGUUUUCUCUAUGCCAAGGGCUGAAGCAGGCAUUAGUGGUGGUUUGCCACUUUUUGAAUUAUGUUCCUCUUUCUGACCCCCUCAAAGACCUGCCUACAAAAACAAGAACUCAAGAAUUUUCUGGUGUUUCAUCUUCUCGCUGCAGCCAUACUUUCAGGGCUUUGUUCACUCAUGCAAAAUUUAUCUUUCACGUGCUUUAUGUACAUUUGAUGCUCAUUUGUGCUCCGUGCUGAUUGGCCAAAACUGACAGCCCUGCAGAAUUCAAACUCCUGAGACGUGACUGCAAGCUCUCCUUCCUCUUCACUCCGCUGCCAGAAUGCUCCAGGAGAGCUUGCUCGCAGGCUACAGAAUGGAGCACAGUCAAGUCUUCUUUAUUUGUUUUAUGAUUAAGAAUUCCCUUAAUAAAUUCCCCACACAUAACUUUAUAAUUAGUUCCACAACAAACUUUAUUUUCAAAGUGAACGAGAGUGUCAUCAACAUGUUUUACACUCUCAUAAAUUACACUUAAAUUAGCUGCAAUCACAUUCCUUUUUAAAAUGGGCCAAAUGAUUUGAUUGGUUGUUUAAGACAAAAGCUAUCAAAGCAUUAAAAGCUAUCAUAAAGUGAAACAAGUGAAAAAUUCUGUGAAUUCGAAUGCAGCAGAAAUAUACUUAACGCCCAAAAAUCAGUUUCUUACUUGGUAAAAUGUUCAGUUAAAUCUGCCCAAAUUGACGUGGCCCAUGAAAACCUGGAAGUUAUUAGAAGACAAUUUGAAAACAUACUGUAUAAAUUAAUAUACAUAUUAUAUUUAUAUAUAACUGGUGGCAGAUGAUGUGACAGCUUUUGCUCCAUGUUUUAUACUCUAACAAAGCACACUUUUUCAACUAAUCAGAGUGCACAUCAUAUCUGAAUUUUAAUAUAAAUUAUAUUUGUUUUAACUUUUAGGUUGACACAAGACUUUGUCCUCAUAUGUAUUCCUGCUCUAAUAGUAAGUACAUUAACAACAACUAUUGCAUGCAUUUGCAAAACUUCUAGUAUAAGUAACUGUUGCACUUUUUUUAAAAUAAUAUCAUGAUAUCACUUUUAGGCAUCGCCUUUGACAGGGGGUCUCAAAUUUUAUUUAAAGGCCAUUUUUACUUUGUCAAAUUUGACCUUCUACACUGUAUGCUCUUUGUCAGCUGGACAGUCAGCUUUGGUUUCACAUCAAAGCUAAUUUAUUUUCAAAUAUGUCUUUGCCCUGUGAAAAGGUACCUCUUAGAAAUAUCAAAUGUAACUCCCUCAUAAAUAGACCUUGUCACAGUUUUCGACGCCAUCUUGACGAGUAGGCAAACGCGUGAGAAAUUACAGUGUUUGUAUGAGAAUCUAAUGUCGAAUAAUUUCCGUAAAACGGCUGCUUUGAAAAAAAUAUGAAUUGUAAACUAAAGCUUUACUCUUAAGGAUUCUACUGAAAAAAUUUGGGGGGCGUUACAUGAGCUAGAGGACCUAGAAUCUUUUUUAAAAAUUUUCUAUACAUUUGUCUGUAAAAAUUUCCGGGGAAAAAUUGCAGAGAAAUAUAUGGAAAAUUUGAAGCAAGCUUCUGGAGAAAUUUAAGAACAGUAACAGCUCCCAAAACUUGUUAGUAAAAUCCUUUGCUGUGUAGCUUUAGUUUAAAAUUCAUAUUUUUUUCAGAACAGUCGUUUUACGGAAAUUAUUCCACAUUGGAUUCUCAUACAAACACUGUAAUUUCUCUCGCGUUUGCCUACUCGUCAAGAUGGCGUCGAAAACCGUGACAAGGUCUAUUUGCACAACAGACUGUCAGUAGCACUUUAGUUUGCGUUUGCCUUAUAAACUUUGCGUACAAUUAAAAAAACCCUUUUUUCAUUGUUUCUCAUAACGUUUAACCCCUAAAAACGGUUUUUGUUUUGUUUUCUUUUAACAGGGGAAUUUUUUAUUCAUCUUGUUACAAAGAUAUCUUCAGACACAGGUGUGUUGAAAGCUACGUACAUGUAUGUAAAGGGAAUUUUAGUCAUGUAUGUGUUACACUGGUCAAAUAAUUAUGGUUUAAGCUAGAUUCUCAAUAUUUCUUUUGCCUCAAAGCCCUAAUUCAUGAAUAAUUAGGGCAUGUAGGAUACAAGGGAAGUUUAGAAACAACCUAAUGUAAAAAUUGCAAACAUUAAAAUGCUGCCACAUGCUGUGUUAAAACUGCUUAAAUGUUAGAAAACAGAUGUGCCAGGUGAAAAUUCAGAAUGGAGUGGAGAUUACACAACCUACAUGUAGGUUAAAAAAUUUUAUAACAUAGCACGCGUGCUUAACCUAUAUAAGUCCUAUUGAGCCGCUAUCAACAAAAUCUGUUUAUAUCACACCCUUGUGUAAAUAAAGAUUUUUUUCAUAGUGACGUGUUCAUCUGUGUUUUUCGUCUCUUUACCUAAGUACCCAAAAGUCGACGGCAAUGAUGAAAAACUUUCUAGAUUUUUUUUGGAAUUUAGCUUCGUUUUAGCCACUCAAACUAACAGCAAAAGUGGUGAAGAUGUUUCGCGAAAUGAGCUUAAUUAAUAGAGCCUGAAUGAUUUGUUGAAAAGUCUGCCGUAAAGACUGACAUUUAAGAGGAAAAAAGACCACAAAUUUGUCUGUGUCGGAAAAUAUCCAGUUUGUAUAAAGUGUCCUCUGUUUUUAAUGUUUGUUUAUCCUUUACAAAACAAGUUGAGAUUAUUAUAAAGUAAGCUCAAUAAUAAAAAAUUAUGUGCUUUUGUUAUCGCUGAACAAUUCGACUGAAGCAGGAAAAUUUCUCUUGCAAUAACAAGACAAAUUGCACAAGAAUUAAGACAUAAAUUUAUUACACACAAACACAACUGCUGCCAGGUCUUCUAAAAAAGCUGUAAUGAUCAGCCAUUGUUCGUAAAUGAAUAUAAGUUUAAAGUAGGAUGACAGUCUUCUUUCCUAAAAAACAAGUUUUCUGGAUUUCGCCAAGAAAAACAUAAACAUCUUUUCAACAAAUCCAAACGAUACUCCAUGACUUCUUAAGAACAUUUGAGUAUUUAACUUUAGGUGGACUUUAAGACUCUUUUACCUUUGUUUCUGCUUAGUUCCAUUGAUCGUUAACGAAUAAAUAAGCAAAUUUUCUUUCUCAGUUUUAUGGAAAGAAUUUUCAUUCAAACCAGACGAUUGUGGCAUGUUUGUAAUCGGCCAAUAGAAGCAUUUGUUAUUGUGUCGCGUGUUAUGAGAAUUUUGCUUUUAAUCAAAAAGCAAGCAUUUUGUCAGCUAUGUUAUAAAAGAAUUUACUUAUGCUUUUAGCUGUGUGUAUAUCAAGUUAUGGAUGCACUUGGGAAGUUUGGAGAGCACACAAGAAGCUAGAGUUGCUCUUGGCUGCAUUUCGAGCAAUUCUUACGCAUCUUUCAUGCUCUCCGAACUUCCCGCGUACAUCCAUAACUCGAUAUAUGCACGCUAAGCAUGAACAAAUUCUUAAUUAACCUGAAUUUAAUUUUGACCUGUAACAUAUAUAACCAGGCCACUGCUGCACCUCAUUAAAACAGCCACAUUCUUCUGCUCCCUGUAAAGGCUGAAUUAAAGGAGAUGUACUUAAAUUGCUAUUUUUGCUUAUAGGGUAUUGUGAAACCUAUACUUUAUGUGUGUGUAAUUUCUAAUGGGAUACAAAUUGGUCUCAAUGCCCUGAUGGCAAUGGUGCUAAAGCUAGGACUACGGUAAGUUACAAUUCACCAGGAACCUAUAAAUACAGUAAACACCCGCAUAUAAGAACACACGAUUUCGGAGGUCAGGCUGAUUGAGUUCUUAUUUAUCGGGUGCUUAAUGACAAAUCAGCGUCAAAAUGUUCUUAAAAUGUUCUUAAAUUUUUAUUUAGUAAUGCUAUCUAAAACAUGUUGCUAGAGGUAUAUUUAGCAUAUUUUAGGAAAAUAAAAUAACUAAUAUUCUGUAAUUUGAUUAUAUUAACAAAUGAAGUUAUCUGACAGCAAACAUAAACAAUUGUUACAAUUUUCAGGCUGAUCUUGUUCCUAUAAAGAUGGGGCUUUAAUUGGCCAAAUUUCAGACUGGUGUUCUCAAUCGAUUUGUUCUUACAUGCGGGUGUUUACUGUACCUUUUGUAUCCGUUCCUUAAUCUUAAUCUGAUCUUGAAAGCACCUGUCAAUUAUACAGUCACACAAAUUACAUUGUUACAGCUGUAAAAGUAAAUUGUCUAAACCUUCAACUCUGAUUUCGUGAAUACCGUUUGAAGGGGCGAAGGGGGGUGGGUGGAGUGCCUUACGUUCACUAGGUAGGAAAUUAGGGAAAGCAUUUCAAAACAAGCUAUAAACCUUUUCAGUGCUGAUUAAAAUACUUCUUGAAUUUACUCGCAUUUUUAAGCUUUUCAGAACGUCAUAAAAAAUCGAAUUUAUUUCAAUACAAGCCAGAGGAGGCUAAUAUCCAUCGGGGGCAGGGGGGAGGGGGGGCUUUUAUAACUGGAUGUAUUUUUAAGGUUGACAGGUAGAUGGGCCUAUAACUGAGGUGGAGUGCUUAUCAGUAGAGGGGAAGGGGUUCUUCCAAGUGAAAGUUUAUGCAAUAACAGUGGUCAUCACAAUAAAUUUUCAUCCUCUGAGUGGAACAAGAGCCUCCAGGUACAAUCAAACCCUCCUUUUUUGAUAUUAAUAUCAAAUAAUAAAUCUUUUUUCUUUUAACCUUGAAAAGCAAAAUUAGAAAGAAAGGGAAAAUAGAAUUUGCUUGGACUGAAUUGGCUUGGAUCAUCCAGGCCUAUUUUAGAAGGAUUCAUAUGGCGUCAUUGGAGCAUAACAUUGCUAUAUUUUCCCACCAGUUUGCACCAACAGGCUCAUUUUUAGCUCGUGGACAUUUUUCAUUUCGCUCACUCUGGAUUAUGCCAACCUGGCUCUUGUUCCAUUCCCCGCAGCCAAAACCAAAAAUCCUUUCUUGGGCCUUUCUUUGCUCGCAGGCUACAAAUUUAGUUUUUGGGACAUCAUCACCGACUUCUCUUUACUUUUGUUGCCCCAGUGUAGGUGCUUUUAACAGGGUUUAACUGUACCGCUUUGAGGGUAACCCAACCUAAACCACUCAGGUGAAAGCCUGGUCUAUAAUGUGGGUAGCCGUAAAUAAUAAGAUUUAAUGCCUCCACUGUGAUGCGUUCUGAUUCUAGUCAAGCUCUCUGACAUGUGGAUCUUGUUUUAAUUUGGCAGGGGAGUGGCCAUCAGCUGGGCUCUGACUGUAUGCAUUUUAACAAGUUUGCUGUUUGCUUACAUGAAGGUCUUUAAGCUCCAUAAAAAGACUUGGCCAGGUGAAUUUGAUAUCAUGCAGUGCUUGUUGCUCAAGAGUUUUGACUUGUUCACCAAUUAAAUAAAGAUUUGUCCAGUGCUUAUGUACAAUCUGUGGCUCUUGUAAAUUAUAGGAGAUAUUAUGUAGCCGUUGGGUGAUUUUUGCGACUCGGAGUCUCGAAUUUUUUUGCCGACGGGUCUUGGAGUUUCGGAUUUGUCUUUUUAUCCUAAUUCAGGGGCGGAUCCAGGAUUUUUUUUAGGAGGGGGUACACUCGUCUCUUGCUCUACUUCAACACCAAUAAACCACAUAGUUUUUUUCUUUUUGCAGAAUACCAGUUGUAUUAGAAAACCGCAGGUCAUCUCAGGGGAGGGUGCGCACCCCCUGCACCCUCCCCCUAGAUCCGCCCCUGUAAUUCCGUUUGGUCUUCAGGAGUCGAAUUUUUCAGAGUUCAUGGGUACAGUUUAUUAAAUGAACUGAACUAGUGGAUUAAGACAGUAAAACAAGACAAAGCAGUAUACUUGUGGGCUUCCGCUAGCUUCCAUUGGUGUUUUCGGUCAUUUUUUUAGCUUUAUUUGCACCCUUAUCUCAUGUUUUUUUGGCGCUUAGUCUCGGCUUCGAUAUUUUAGAAGUAAUGUCUUGAGCUUGCAUCACUCCUCUUAGCUCGCAUUUGAUAAAAAUGCUUGAGUCUCAGUCCCGAAUUUGGCAACCAGGGUCUCGCAAAGUCUCAAGUUUACCAGUAUACUCCUGGUGAGCAUGUUACUAAAAGCUACAAAAACCAGAGAUAACUUGCUCAGCCUUGUCGCCCCCAUUGACUAAUUGUGCACUUUUACUUUACUAUACCUAAUGCAUUCAUCAAGUUAAUAAUUAACUUGCUGCAGAAUUUUUUAUGAUUGUAUAUUUAUUAAAAGGACCUCGAUUGUUGGGUCUUGUACCAUUCAGGUUGGACAACUGAAAGCUUGUUGAACUGGUCACAGUUUUUUAAACUUGCUGUCUCAGGGAUGUUCAUGACCUGUAUUGAGUUUUGGAGCUUUCAAAGUGGAGCAUUUUUGACAGGUAUGCUCCCUUUACUCAUGUCGCUCAUUGGUUAAUCGGUCGUAGUCAUAUUGCAUCAGUGUAAGGUUGAUAGCUUAUUUGGUAAAGUGCUGGUCUCUCAACUAGUUAGGUCAACAAGCUCAAACCCAACCACUAUCAACCAUUGCAUGCACUUAAAUAAUCUGGUAAGACCAUAACAAGCUGAAAGAUUCGCGGAAAGAUAUAGAGGAUAUUACAUGGCCGCGCAGAGAUACGAAAUUUCUCGUUGAGUGUAUUGUUUCAACACGAGAAGAGAAAUUUCGUAUCUCCAAGCGGCCAUGUAAUGUUCUAUUUAUUAUAUAAACACCAAUGAAAUACCAAACCAUUUCACUUUAAUAGUAUUUUGGUGUAUGUAGCCAUAGCAAAGAUGAAAUUUUCACAUGUGAAGAUAACAUGUUAUUUUCACAUGUGAAGAUAAUAUAUAGAUUUAGCCAAGGCUAAAAGCGAAGCUCUCGAUAAUAUUUAUAGUUUGUUCAAACAAAAUAUAAUGUAAUGCUAAGCGGCGAAGGCAUGCACCGCCGGAAAACGGUGAAAAACAUCAAUAGGUCUAAUUAGCAAAAGCAACUUUGCACGUGCAGCACACUUUUUUUGUACAUUUCUUUGCCGUUGUUUUGCACGACUACAACGCGAAACUUCCAGAAACUUCUUAGGGCCUGUUUACAUGGAGUGGGGGACCUCGGUCUAGUGGGGUUGGUUUCUUUUGUUUUCACGCUCUGGGGGACACAAAACGAAAGAAACUUACCCCACUAGACCGGGGUCCCACACUCCAUGUAAACAGGGUCUUUGUUACACGUUUUAUGGAGGAAAUGUCGUACGUGUUCCCGUUCACUUUUUUUCACAGCCGCUCAUUUUCACCUUGCAAUGGUGGCCGCUAGCAUUUCUCAUUUUGUCACCCCUACAAAAUUUUCAUGUUGUUCUUCCAACAAAAACAUGUUUCCUUCGGUUUUUUAUCGCUCGCUCUAAAUCCCUGUCACCCUUUUUCUCGCUGAGCUUCGCUGGCCUGCCGCCCACUUUCUCUUUUUCUUUGUCUUUCUCUUGCUCUAUAUUCCAAAUUUGUGGACAUGACAAUAUAUAUUUAAGCUUAAUACUUUAGACAACACUGAUACAGAAACAAUUUUCGCUUUCCGUUUUCGUCUUUAUUGACUCUUUUGUUGUCUCUGCUUUACAAGACACCGGUGGCUAUGCGAUUUCCCGCCAAAAUAACCUCGCGUUGCAUUCGGGUUGCCAUACUUGUUGAUUGAGUUAUUUUAGAUUUGUAUGCCUGUGGUGCGGACGGACGGUCUCUCCGGCGGUGUACGGUCACGUGAUUACCAAAUUUUCUCGGAUGGGUAGAUUACUUCAUUUUCUUACCCAUGGUGCUCCGCUGGCGCGCUUCGCGCGCGAAAGCUCACCUGGUAUUUCAUUGGUGGUUAUAUAAUAAAUUCUAUUAUUCCCUGGAGGGGUUCUUGCUCUGUGUGUUUCACCAGAUGACUUGACCCGUCUCCUCCCUGCAAAACCCAGCCCCAUUGAAGGGGGAGUGGGCCACGCAAUGCCAUCUGGGUGAGCCGUCCGCCAUUUUGUCUUUCUUCAACGGAGGAAGCCCAUUCUUUAAUUGGGGUGCCACAGGCAGCCCAUUAACGCUUUAUAUGCGUUCUUUUUUCAUGCGUUACUGGGAAUUUUUGUGUAAUUCCAGAAUACUUGCUAACCUGGUUUUCAAAAAUCUAGAUUGAAAUGUAAUUUGAGAAAGAUAUAGUGAUCGACAUUAUUUCAACAUGGGAGAAGACAACAGGUGCAGCACCGUAGCUGACAGGAUUUGAACGACAGAUCUUCCAAACACUGGGCGGAGCUCUUUCGAACCUAGCUGUGGAAAAAUGUCAUAUAUGAGGUUCAUAAGUGACAUUUUUUUCACUCUAAGGAUCAUUCAGCAAUGUUGGAGGCGUACCCUAUGGUGAUAACAAGCUUAAAGCUUAUCACCUAUUUUUAAUUAGUGAAUGAGAGAUUACAUGUAACUGUUGGUGUCUGCAGUUGUUGUUGUUGUUGUUUUUUGUAUUAACUAGUGCUAUCGUUGUUUUCUUUCUAAGGGACCCUUGGUGAAGUGCAGUUGGCAUCGUUUGGAAUUCUUUUUAGUUGGGCAGGCUUUGUAUUUAUGGUAAGGGUAACUUUUUUUAAAUCUUACUCUUUUUCAUGGAUCUAAACAUCUAUCGCCACUCUGUUUUAGAAAAAUUCCAGUCAGAGGUCUUUCAAUCCCUCUUCUGGGUCCAGUUGUUCAAAAGUUGCGGGAUAACGCAAGGGUUUCCUUCAUACUAUUCCGCUGGAUAGUGAUUUAUCCGGUAGAUAUCGCUAUCCAACGUUUGAACAACCGAGACCUGGAAGUCACUUUGGUGUCUUGCAAAAGUCCCCCUACCCACCCCCUCUCUGGCACUGAAUUGAAAUCUGAGUGUGUCUAUUGUAGAUACCACUGGGAUUGAGUGUUGCUGCUGGGGUUCGUGUUGGAAAUUUCCUUGGUGCUGGUAACCCAAAGGCAGUAAAAAAGACGAUCAAAGUGGCUCUGGGAUUAAUAGGUAAACGCGUUUAAUACAACUGGGUUUAAACUAUUAAACUACAAGUAGUCCCCUCAUUUACCUCAGGGAUAGUAAAGCGAGCGAAAUACGCGAGUGCGCGUGGAAAUCGCCAUCUGCGAGGAAGGUGAAACGUGAAGGGAAGAGAGAAAAUUUUCUUUCCUUCCUCCACGUCUCGUCUCUCCUUCAACCGCACUCGCGUAUAUUGCUCACUCAUCAUCCCUGAGGUAAACGAGGGACCGAAGCUAACUAUAUAUAGGCUUUUCCUGUUCUUUGCUUAUUUCUCUGUUUUCUUUGUUUCCGCCUCUAGUUUAUUAAAGCAAGUUAUUAACGCGUUUUGGUAAUAAAACAGGCGACUCGGAAGAAGAAAAUUCAAGUUUUACCAAUAGUAGUCGAACCUAUGUCCUUCCGGCCAUAGUUAUUCAAUCAAGGGAUAGCGUUUUCCACUGGAUUAGUCACUAUUCAGCGGAUAAGUAUUAGCAAGAAACCAAUUGUGUUAUCCGCCGGAUAGUGGCUUAUCUGGUGAAUAGCGCUAUUCAACUGUUGAACAACCGCGUCAUGGUUACUAUAGUCCCGAUGCUCCACAUCUGGAAUCUGAAUUCAGACACAAUCGAUGGUUGUAGUAGGCUCAGUCCCCAGCCUCUGGUGUCUUGGUUACCCUGGGAAAACAGCCGACAUUUUGCGACGCUUCCACUGGUUUCGCCGCCAAAUGACGUCUGAGAAACGAGCUCAGAAAUUCCAUACUGAUGACGUGUCACUACCCAGAUCUAAGUGGUGCUUUUGAUUGGUUGAAUCAAAUUUCCCACGCGGCACGACCAAUCAGAAGCACUACCCAGAUCUGGGUAGUGACGCGCCAUCAGUACGGAAUUUCUGCGCUCGUUUCUCAGACGUCAUUUUGCGGGGAAACCAGUGGUAGCGUCGCCAAAUGUCGGCUGAUUUCUCAGGCUAGUGUCUUGAUGCGCCCUUGGGGAGUACCGAAUCCGCAUCGAGACACCAAGGCUGAAGACUGAGCCUAUGGCUGUAGGAGCUAUGGCUAUUUAACUAGGUUCAUGUGACAAACGUAAGACGUACUCACUACCGUACUGCUGAACAGCAAUCCUUUGAAUUUCCAUACGUAUUCAUUAAUUUUUGCUUUGAUCUGACAGUUUCUGUAGAACUUAUUAUACUUACGGUCUUCCUUGGACUUGGAGAUAUCAGUGGUCGUGUCUUCACCAGCAGUAGGUUUGUAAAUACCAUACCAUACGCGUUUAUUAUCUAUCUGCAUUUUAGUUAUUGAACAGAAAACAGGUGAAACGAGUGCAAAUUUACCAGGAUAUUUUGUACAGUUGGUUAUUUGUAUGCAGUAGUAGCAAACCUGUUUGACAUUUCGGCGCGCUCAUCAGUGUUCAAAUCUCCGGUCCCAACAGAAAUAAAAAAUUGUUAAUUUUUCUAGCAUUUACCGCGCGGAAGACGUUUAUUAUAUACUACCGUGUAUUUUUCUAACUUUUACCUAGCAUUUGAAAACUGGUUGGUCAGUUGUACGGAAAGUGCUGUACGGUAAGAGAAACGAAAGGGGACAAUUCUGACUGUUGCUCAAAUUGAGGGCUUCAUCAUAGCCUGUUCCAGUCGCUGUUACUUUCUUUUUUUUUUCUUUUUUUUUUCUCUUUGCACCGUACUUACGAUGUGAACGCCUUAAACAGGCUAACUUCAUCAAGUAAGAGCAAACUGUGAACAAAAAUGGUUCAACAAGAUUGAAAAGAGAAAACAAUUUAACUGACUUGGAAGCCGUCUGAAAAAGAUGGCAUUCCUUUAUUGGCGAGGCACGUGUACUGUUGAUUUCGUUUCUAUAAGCUUUCAAUAAGCUCGCUCAAUACAAUCAAGACGUUGCCGAGUUCAAGCAAACAGUUACUGUGCUCGAGUUCUUUUGCGAGGGUUUUGGCCGUCAUUACAGGCUGCCAGGCUGGGAUGUACAGCUCAUUACGCUGUACGGAGAACUUAGGAUCAGCUAGGUUGUAACGAAACCUUGAUUACGGAAACUGUUGCUAUCAGAAUUAUUUGGUGGAAUGUGUUUGUGUUACAAGGAAAAAGCCAGUCAGAUCAGUUGAGAGAGAAAUGCACAGAAAGUGCCAGUUACAGUAAUAAGUAUUUAUUUUGUUUGUGUGACUUAAAUCACCAAUUUGAUUGGUUAUUUAACAAUGAAAAUUCCAUUCAUUUUGUUUUUUACCUCUGUCCGUCUUAGCAACGUGUUUUUUUUUUCUUAAAUUUUUCAUGGAGACAUUUUCAUUUCUUUCAGUGAUGUUUUGGUUGUGUACAAGAGGAACAUUCGCAUCGUGGUAGUCUUGUUUUUCUUUGAUGGAAUUCAGGUAUAUGUCUGUUUACUUCGAACUGACCCAUGUAUAGCUUUGGCUAAUAAGCUGACAAGUUGAUUAGUAACUGAUUUUUGUGCCACUGUUACUAACAGUACAUUGGGCUGAUAUCCAUUUGACAACUUAGGGGGAAUAGUCCAUUUCGCAUNCUAUCAGAAUUAUUUGGUGGAAUGUGUUUGUGUUACAAGGAAAAAGCCAGUCAGAUCAGUUGAGAGAGAAAUGCACAGAAAGUGCCAGUUACAGUAAUAAGUAUUUAUUUUGUUUGUGUGACUUAAAUCACCAAUUUGAUUGGUUAUUUAACAAUGAAAAUUCCAUUCAUUUUGUUUUUUACCUCUGUCCGUCUUAGCAACGUGUUUUUUUUUUCUUAAAUUUUUCAUGGAGACAUUUUCAUUUCUUUCAGUGAUGUUUUGGUUGUGUACAAGAGGAACAUUCGCAUCGUGGUAGUCUUGUUUUUCUUUGAUGGAAUUCAGGUAUAUGUCUGUUUACUUCGAACUGACCCAUGUAUAGCUUUGGCUAAUAAGCUGACAAGUUGAUUAGUAACUGAUUUUUGUGCCACUGUUACUAACAGUACAUUGGGCUGAUAUCCAUUUGACAACUUAGGGGGAAUAGUCCAUUUCGCAUGGUUUUCCAGGAACUCGCUGUCGAGCUUAAUGCUAGCCUCAGAAGAAAUUUCGAUCCAUCGUUAGCUCCUACAGCUUUCUGACAUAAAUUCAUGUUGGAACUUUGGGAGAAAAAUAAAUUUUGGGAAAUUUCACUAGGGGCACUCAACGAGAAUAUAGUUCAAAAGGACUUAAACUUAGCUUUGCUGAACGUAUUUUAAUAUUUAAACGAUAGAUAUAGGCAUAUUUGGAUCCCCUAAAAAUUUUUCAUCUGUUCGGAUUUCCUAGCUGAAAGUCUGGUGAUCCGAAAAUUAUAGGGAUCAAAACUUACCUUUUCGAAAAAAGGAUCCCGAAAAUUUUUGGUGACCAUUUUAGGGUAAGAAUCCGUUAAAAAUGGGCAAUUAUGCCUUAUAUGUUCGAAAAUCCUAGGAGAGGCAGGCAAGCAAGAAAUUUUACAACAAAUGUUCCGAAAAUUCUGGAUCUCAAAUCGUCUUCCAAAAUUGACGUUGGGUGCCCCUGAUGUCACUGUGGUUGUAGAAAAUCUGCAUGCCCACACUGUCUUAAGAACCGUUUUCUCCACCAUUGUAACUUAAUGGACCACUUCACCAUUGUAGCUUGAUGGACUGAUUUUGUAGGACUAGUUUAAGUAAGAGUUGGUAUUUAAUUAACAAUAUUAUGUGUUUGCACAUGUUUGCAUUGGUGACCUUUAUUUCAGGGUGUCUGUAGUGGGAUUGUACGAGGGGCUGGCCGACAGAGGAUAGGAGUACUGAUCAAUUUUCUAUCAUAUUUCGUCGCUCUUUCCGUUGGGAUCACUUUAAUGUUUUUUGUCUUCCAUGAAAGCGCAGGUAAAAAAGACAUGUUCAUGUAAUAAACUCGUUGAGCACGGAAACAGAAGCUCAUGAGUUUCUGAUGGAAUUUAAUUAACCGGUUACUGCUGAGGAAUUUUGAUUAAAGGGUAAAGCUAACCAAAAGUGAUGAUACAAAACAGAAGAAAUAGCUUUCGAUUUUAUGCGAUUCAGAUUGAUAUACGGUACAACGUUAAAAUAAAAUUGUUUUGUUUUGGACCUCAAAAAAGGGCGGUGCGUCCGUAUUAGAUGAAUGAAAGUAUUUUUCGCCCCAUGUAUUUAAGGGAAUCCAAGACAGUCUGGGAUUUUGGAUUUAAUGCUGUCGAUUCCAGAUUCCAGGCACUAGAUUCCGAACUUUGUCAGUGGAAUUUGGAUUCCGGAUUCCAAUCUUUAAAGGGAUUCCGGAUUCCUUGAGCUUUAUUCCGGAUUCCAAAGCCCAAGAUCCCUGAUUCCACAAGAGAAAAUUUCCUAGAUUCCGGAUUCCACAAGCAACAAUUUCAUGGACUCCGGAAUCUGGAUGUCCCUUAUACAUGGGGCGAGUAUUUUAGUCAAAUGUUGGGGGCCCGGGUGCCGUUAAUAUUAACAAAAUUAUGUCCGUAAUAGCGAGCAGUCUGUAGGGCGGGGUUUAACUACAUAUUACUUAUUUAUUAUUAUUAUUAUUAUUAUUAUUAUUAUUAUUAUUAUUAUUAUUAUUAUUAUUAUUAUUAUUAUUAUUAUUACGCACUUUUUUCUUGUUGUGUUAAAGGGCUGUGGAUUGGUAUUUCAACUGGAGUGUUUCUUCAGGUAGGCAUGACUCAUGACGACUCCCAUUUCCGUAAAAUUUAGUAUUAAAGUAUAAGGAGCUUUUCCCGGCCUAUUGCUGCUGCUGCUGCUGCUGCUGCUGCUGCUGCUGCUGCUGCUGCUACUACUAAUAAUAAUGAAGGUCUUUAUUAAACACUCUAAACAACAUACAUGUUUAGUUACAAUGAUAUAACUUUAGUUGCUACAAGUCGACCUACGAGUUUUUUUUAAAGGUGAUGUUACUGAGCGAUUCGCAACGACGAUUUUUAGCCCAACACAGCAUUGCAACGAACACCGUUGCGACAUUGUUCCAGCAUUGCAACGUUGUGUUGCGCUAAUUGCGCUAGUUUUUGGGUGUACAGCUAAAAUGUGUAACGUAUUGUGUGUAAAGUUGAAGACACUCAGUAAGCGAUGCCUCAAGGACAGGCGUCCAGUUGACAAAAAUAACAUUAAUUCCAAACCUACGACUGUUUUCAUGCAGUUAAUUUGGCAGACAAUUCAUUCCUCACAUGACUGAGUCCGUAAGGCGAGGGAGUCACGAUUGAUAGAUAAGGCCAUGACUCUUGAACCUAAUGGCCUAAACCGCCGUGACGAAUUGUAGUCUAUAUCCUUAUUAAUUUUCUCUUUCUUUUAAACAAUUUCUGUUGCGACGUUCUCCAUCAAAAAAAUAUAUUGAGUAAUAGUUCUAUCAUAACUUCACUAACAUCUGUAAACCUGAAGAAGGCUGGUGUGGCCAGCCGAAAUAUUGUUUUCAAAAAAGCGAUACACGUUGCUAUAUCAGCUUUGCAGUAGGCUUCAGACUUUUUCGAUUUUUGUUCUUCAUUUUUUAGCCGAUUAGAUCUCUUUUCUAGAGAUCCAACGUUGACAACCAGCAGGAUCGUCGUCCUCGGUUUUUGCUAGUAAUUUCUUUAAUGUUGUCAGAAGGAUUUUUAGCAGUAUGAUCAAAAAUAGAAGUUUGGAAUGCAUGGCAUAGCUCUUUUACUUGUGUACUUGUGCUUACACUACUGACAAUAUGUUAUCCCAUCUUUCCCUGGUUCAUUUCAGGCUUGUUUAUAUUUAUUUCUUCUGUGGAGAACAGAUUGGGACAAACAAGCUGAAUUAGUAAGUGAUGCCUUUUUGCAGGGUAUAAUUGAAAAGUCUUAAGCCCAACAUCCGUCCUCUAAUAUUUAACAGUUUUGUAACCUCUAAGAAUAAGAAUCAACGAUAAAAAAUUUUGAAUGACGUUUCGAUGACUCGCUCAUCAUUUUCAAAUUCUAAAAAGUUAGAUUUUUAAAAGUUCUUUAUAUAUUAAGAAUGCGUGUGAAGUCUCGUUGCACGUGAUUAAAGACUACAAUGUGGAAUGUAGUGAGUGUUAAUUAGGUACUAAAUAGUUUCGCUUUUAUUGAGUCUGAUUGAGUGUUCAGUUUGGGUUUCUUUUCCUGGAUAAAAAGCAUUUCGUAGAUCAAGCAUUCAAAUUUCCCACGACAUUUCUUCAGUAUAGUGAAUUGUUCAGUGAGGUCUUUGUUCUUCUGAUUUAACAAUCUAACUUUUUAGAAUUUGAAAAUGAUGAGCGAGUCAUCGAAACGUCAUUCAAAAUUUUUAUCGUUCAUUUUUAUUCUUAAAUGUUUAUCGAAAGCGGCUGUUAUUAGAAUUUGUAACUUCUCUUACGUCAUAACUCAAAAGAUUCUAGAGAUAGAGAACCAAACUAUAAUAUGUAGCUGUAGCGUAAAAGGAAAUCGCAUUUAGGGCAUGUGUACAUGGAGUUGGUUGACCCCAGGUUCGUGAGGAAACCUUCGCAGACAGGAUAAAAAAAUCAACCGGGUUUACAUUCAAUCUUACAACCCCGCAAUCUGAGGUGCACUUUCUCAAGAUUUUUGAAUGGUCGCUAAGCUCGUAAAAAAAGAUAGCGAGCAAACCACGCGUUUUGGCGGUUAAUGCUCUUCUACUCUCACCUGUUGCUCUUGCUGCAAUCUCUCAGUGCUGUCGCUUUCUAUUGUCACUUUUAAUGAGAUGCAAAAACCUCCGCAAAAGGCAGUUAACAAAACAUGUUAACUCUAAUCCGUCCUCGGUUACCCCACUUGAAACGUUUACGUGACGUUGCCUGGUCGGACAGUCCGGGCACCUCAUCUUGGCCGGUCACCCACCUAUCAUGUAGACGUGAUUAUUAAAAUGAUACGGACAGGUGGGUUACUCCACCCAAGCGGGUUAUCUCACAUAACUGGGGUCCCCUACAUACCUCCAACAUCACUUGGGUCUAAACGUUUAGACCCUAGUAAAAUUUAGAGGGAUUUGUAUGGAGUCAUCAGAGCAUAACUGGGGUAAUAUCUCACAGACAAUUUGCCCCACAAUGCUAGUUUUUUGCAAGGACGCCUUUUGAAUGUUGUUUUAGAAUAUCCUGGCAAAUCCCGUCAUUUCACAAAUUUAAUUUUUUAUGACGUCACACUUUAGUACUCUAUAAGUUGAAGAUUUUAUUGUAGACUAGGGAAACCGGAAAUUACCACUCAAAACUAUAAAAAAAUCAAAUCGGCAAGUUUAAAUUUACGCAACUCAGCCUAAAAGCUGCUCUAAGAUAGGGGGGAUCAAGGGAGUGUAGUCUAGUGUAGGGUAGCAAAAAUUUAGCCGAACUAGCUCUGGUAUCCGGGUCGAGAUGGUUGUGAAGGUGCAUUGUGGGACUGUCAUGGGGGACGCAUUUCAACGUGGCGGCAAAUUCGUUCCAUAGAGAAUAAGUUUAGAGAAUUUGGUAGAAGAUCAAAGCAUUUUCUCUUAGGUGAUAAUUUUAUUAGUUCUCUCAACCUUUUCUCAUGAUUAUGUAUUGAUUUUGUUCGGAGAAAAUUAAUGUUUGUCACUUUUGGGAGUUGAAGAGUUAUUUAAACUGAACUAUCAGUCGUGGGUUUUGUUUGAAAUUCCUUAUUCAGACGAUGGUUCUUCAUUUGCAGGCACAGCGAAGAACGGCUGCCAAGACUGUAAGAGUUUCAACCUCUGAGGACUUGUUAAAUAGAGAUCAAGCUGGACACUCCGCCAAAAAACACAAAGGUGCGAUGAUUAGUCAUACUCAAGACACCAUCACAUGUAAGAAGAAGCGGAUAAAACUCAUGAGAAAUUUCCUCUUAUGCCUCUGAUAACAAUCUCAUGAUUGAAAAUGUUGAGGUUGUGGGACCUUUGUAAGACAGUCUCGUAAAAAGUAUGUGAUGAGGCGUGGUUUCCUUCCCAGAAAGAUCUUGGAAAGAACCUUCGAUCUUCUCCGUCCUUCGGAGUCACCCCCCUCCCUUCACAAAUGAAGCAUCCUCAUACCUUCCAGCGGAUACAAAAUGUGGAUUGUGUACCAUUUCGUGUACUUAAAGGUCGUCCGUCGUUUCGAUAGGGGUGUCCUCCGCCUUUGAAACACGAACUUGGCACAAAAAGAGCGCAGAGUUUAUGUAUCUUUUUUUUUUUUUUCAGACUUGAUUCUUGCAAGCUGGAUCAGCAAAAGCUCGUCACUUCCAUUUCUGAAUCACAUCGAUGCCAAUAACUCUCAGUUUCGACUUACUUUACUUCCAAAUGAUGUGAACACUUCGUUAGAGUUUGAUAGUCACCAAAAAGAGAUUGAAUCAGAAGCAACUGCUAAUAUGAAAAGGAGUCACAGUCUUACCUCAGCACAAAAGAGAGCUCUUAUUGUAAAGCGACUUAUCCCUCUCGUAAUAUCUCUGAUGAUUUUAGGCGGCGCUGUAGCCGUACGGUUUCUAAUUCCUUUGCCUUCAUCGCACGAGACUUCUUCAUUUGGAAAUGAUACACUUACUUCAAAUACUACUUGUCGCAAUUUAACCACAGUAGUAAACAUUCACAUAUAA